AUGCGGGGCGCACCCGGCUCCGCGCUGCGGGCGGCGCUGCCGCUGCUGGGCGCCGCCGUGUCCCUCUGCACAGGCCUGCAGUGCGUGUGCCAGCUAUGCGAGCACACCAACUUCACCUGCCAGACGGAGGGCGCCUGCUGGGCCUCGGUGAUUGCUCCAACGGGGCGCGAGGAGGUGGUCAAGUCCUGCGUGUCCCUGCAGCUCCACGCCCAGGUCUUCUGCCACAGCUCCAAGAACAUCACCAGGACCGAGUGCUUGCUACACGACUUCUGCAACAACAUCACGCUGCGCCUGCCGCUCGCCCCACCUUCAGCUCCUCUCCGUGGAGCGGCGGCGCUGGCGGCGGCGGUGGCGGUGCCGCUCGGGGCGCUGGCGCUGCUGGCCGCGCUGCUCGCCCGCUCCGCCCGCGGCUGCCGCCGCCCGCGCCGCCCGCCCAGCGUGGAGGAGCCGCCGUGCGAGGGCAGCCUGGCGGGCGCCGGGAAGACGCUGAAGGAUCUCAUCUUCGACAUGACCACCUCCGGCUCGGGCUCCGGCCUGCCUCUGCUGGUGCAGAGAACCAUUGCCAGGACGAUCGUGCUGCAGGAGAUUGUGGGCAAAGGCCGGUUUGGCGAAGUGUGGCACGGGAAGUGGUGCGGGGAGGACGUGGCUGUGAAAAUCUUCUCCUCCAGAGACGAGCGGUCGUGGUUCCGGGAGGCAGAGAUUUACCAGACUGUGAUGCUGAGGCACGAGAACAUCCUGGGCUUCAUCGCUGCUGACAACAAGGAUAAUGGGACGUGGACUCAGCUGUGGCUUGUCUCCGAGUACCACGAGCAGGGCUCGCUGUUUGACUACCUGAACAGGGGCACGGUGACCGUGGAGGGCAUGGUCAGGCUGGCACUGUCCGUGGCCAGCGGCCUGGCACACCUCCACAUGGAGAUCGUUGGCACGCAAGGGAAGCCAGCGAUCGCUCACCGGGAUCUGAAAUCCAAGAACAUCCUGGUGAAGAGGAAUGAGACCUGUGCCAUCGCCGACCUGGGCCUGGCGGUGAAGCACGACUCGGUGCUGAACACCAUCGACAUCCCCCAGAACCCCCGCGUGGGCACCAGGAGGUACAUGGCCCCCGAGAUCCUGGACGAUGCGAUGAACACGAACAUCUUUGAGUCCUUCAAGCGUGCAGACAUCUACUCCCUGGGGCUGGUGUACUGGGAGAUAGCCCGGAGGUGCUCCGUUGGAGGAAUCACAGAGGAAUACCAGUUGCCUUACUAUGACCUUGUGCCUUCUGAUCCUUCGAUAGAAGAUAUGAGAAGGGUUGUCUGUGAACAGAAGCUCAGACCAAGUAUUCCAAACCAGUGGCAAAGCUGUGAGGCGCUGCGGGUGCUGGGCCGGCUGAUGCGGGAGUGCUGGCGAGCCAGCGGCGCCGCGCGUCUCACGGCGCUGCGCGUCAAGAAAACCAUCUCGCAGCUCUGCGUGCCCGAGGACUGCAAAGCCUGACAGCUCCCGCGGGGCGCUCCGCUCUCGUCUCUGCACGUGUGACAGUGUUUUUGUUUCUGCCUACCUCAGAGGGCGCGGCUCAACGCUGCCGUGCCCGAGGCAGAGCACCGAGCUCCGGCGCUGCGCCCGGCCGUGGCACCGGGCUCGGGACUCGUAGCUCGGGUUUGGUACAGCAAGUCGGUGACUUGCUUUGGCUUUUUUUCGGUAAAUCAGACACUGGUGAAUCGCAGGAAGGAGCUUAAAGCAUCAUGACAGUGUAAAAAUACCUUUUGCUGUUGUGCUUUUCAUCCUUGUCAGACCCCAAGCGUCCUGGAAGUGUCUGGUGUUGGUUAAAGCCUGUUUGUGAGACAAACCUCACAUUCUGUCCUCAAACCAAGUAAAAGACCAAAUUAACCCAGCUUUUUACCUGUUGUUUUUUUUUUUUUUUUUUUUUUAAUAUAUAUUUUACUUCAGGGAUCUGAAAAAUGGUUGUCAGUAAAUGCAUUUUGAAUUACUAUAUUUAUAAUUAGCCAAGCAAUUAGAAAAGAUGGAAAUUCCACUAAGUGUGUACACUGUGAGCAAAACCAUUGAAUCAGUUCCCUAUGAACAUUUAUUUUUAUUGUCUCAAUUUCACAUACAAUAUCGUGGUUAAAAAUUGAGUUGUUUUACUCUGUUUUGUUCAUUGAACAGAUCAAUCAAGGGAUAACUUUUCCUUUUGACAGUUGUUAGGAAAAAUAGUAGAGGCAACACUUUUCUGUUAUCUGUGAAGGGAUGGAACAGGAGAAAUUCUGCCUAAACUGAGAAAAUAUUCAAUUUUUAGCAACAUUUUCUCAAUGACUGGCAGUAUUUUUUUAGUGCCUUUUGAUGUAUUAGGGGGGAGCAUUAGCAAAAGCCAGUGCAGCCUGUUCAGAGGUUUCUUACAGAAUUCUGUAACAGCACCAGGCUGGUGAUGAAUAUUAACAUUUCUGACCAGGUCUCCAUAAUAUCACAAGCCAGCAACGUGAGUUGUGUUAAAAUUCAGCAAAGUCCUGGCCUUUUGUGAAUUUCAGCCCACUCCCUGGCCUGUGUAUUUGAAUAUAGUGUUGGAGGAUUUUUAAGAGGCAAAAUUAUACAUUUCAUAUAUGGUUCUUUAAAUGUUGGUAAAUCCAUCUGGCCCGUGGGAAUUAAUCCCAAAGACGUUUCCAGAAUAGCAAAGCUUUGCAGGGCUCUGAGUGCUGCAGCCCAGCCCUGCAGCCUGCUUCCCUCCACUGCAUCCCAGCCCUGCAGCCUGCUUCCCUCCACUGCAGCCCAGUGCUCAGCCUGCUUCCCUCCACUGCAGCCCAGCCCUGCAGCCUGCUUCCCUCUGCUGCAGCCCAGCCCUGCAGCCUGCUUCCCUCCACUGCAGCCCAGCCCUGCAGCCUGCUUCCCUCUGCUGCAGCCCAGCCCUGCAGCCUGCUUCCCUCUGCUGCAGCCCAGCCCUGCAGCCUGCUUCCCUCCGCUGCAGCCCAGCCCUGCAGCCUGCUUCCCUCCACUGCAGCCCAGUGCUCAGCCUGCUUCCCUCUGCUGCACCCCAGCCCUGCAGCCUGCUUCCCUCCACUGCAGCCCAGCCCUGCAGCCUGCUUCCCUCUGCUGCAGCCUAGCCCUGCAGCCUGCUUCCCUCUGCUGCAGCCCAGCCCUGCAGCCUGCUUCCCUCCGCUGCAGCCCAGCCCUGCAGCCUGCUUCCCUCCGCUGCAGCCCAGCCCUGCAGCCUGCUUCCCCCAGCUGCUGCCAGCGCUGCUGCAGGGCGGCUUCUCACACCUAACCAAGGCUGUCUCAGGGAUCCACGGCAGGCUGGACGGGGCUUGGAGCAGCCUGGUCCGGUGGAAGGUGUCCCUGGCCGGGGCAGGGAGGGAAAAUGAGGCAAGCUUUAAGGUCUCUGCUGACCCAAACCAUUCUGGGGUUCCAUGAUUCAAUUCUUGUGUGCUUCAACUGCAUGAACUCCCCGUGGAGCUCAGAGAUGAGACUUUUUAGGCUGUUUGAGGGGUAAUCUGCAUGGUCCAAAGCCUGGUGCUGACUUGACUAUUAAAAAAAAUUGCAAAGCUAAGAUCCAGCAUACUUAUCUUAAAAAAUAAGAAUUGAAGCUUUAUUAUUUUUUUUUUUUAAGUGGGAAAACAGUUUCAGUUUUCAGUUUCCCCCUGGAAAUAGUGUUGACCAGCCCAGUAAUUUGAACAAAACCCUUUUGGUGCCUGGCUGGGAAGUGUGGGUGGAGGAUGCUCAGGCUCAGCUACUCCUCACACAGGUCACAGCUCCAGCCCCAGAAGUGCUUUAACCUUUUCCCUGGACAUAGCUCUUGGCAUCAGACAUUAUGGUCUGUUUGCCCUGGCUUUUCACCCAACUCCGUAUUUCUGCUCUGGUUUUCUUUUCUCUUUUGUUGUUGAGAGGUGAAUGUACAUUUUGAUGAAUUGGAGUUGAGCGUAGCUGAGCCAAGGGGCUGAUGUUUUAUUGAGCUCUGCAACGUUUGUAAACUCUACAGUCCUUUAGAAAAACUCCAAAGAACCCCUGUUUUAGUGGCCUUUCCCCUCCAUGUGGGUUUGUCUUGGUCUAAUUUAAGCACAGAGGUUAUGCCAAGACCCUUCUGUGCAGUUUGGGGAGGCUUAGGUUUCCUCAGAGGUCACAAUGUUCCUGAUAAUCUUCACUUAAAGCAAAAGUUCUUAAGCUCAUGAAAAUUUUUAAAGUCAAGGAUGCUCAAAACCUCUUACCACAUUCAGAUUCUCCUAAUUGAUGCUUCUGACUGGGGGGGAAUAACCAAUAUUUUAUAAUUUGCUUCUAAUAACAAUCUAAAGUUUAAUGUAGGGAUUAUGCACUGAAAGGGAAAGUUAAUUAAUGUUUCCUGUAGCACCUAAUUAUUUUUUGUGUUACUUGAACUGCCGUCCCCACACACUCCUUUAGAAGCUCAGGCUGUAAUCUCCUCUGCACUUCCCUACUUUCAUAAUUUGCACUUAAUCGAGCUCAUUCCCUCACAUGACACUUUUAUAAGGAGUCCGACAAUAUUUUAGUGAUUGCUGUGUCUCUUUGCUUGGUACUAGAUUCAGGAAUUACGAAUUAAUGAGUUUAGAAGUAUGCCCAGUCCCUCCAAUGGCUCUGGGCUUUGAGCAGGGCACGUUCUUCUCAGUCCCCAGAGCUCCUGUGCCAGGGUGGGCUCCAGGCUGCCCCUGGCCCAUGGGGAGGAGGAGUCUGGGCUUUGCCUGGGGGCAGAAUGACAGGGCAGGGACAGGGUGGCACUGGGGGCUGCAGGGGGGCACAGCCUGGCCACCUCCUCCGGGUGCACAGGGGGACAGGCACAGCCUUCGAGUGUUGGGGAAGGGUACGGCUCAAACCCCCCUGCUAUGGGUCAGUGGGGUCUGUGAGGGUGUCCCGGGGUGUCCUGGGGGGUCCUUGGGGGUCCUUGGGGAGCCCUGGGCCAGCACCUGGGUGUCCCCAGCAGCACUGCCUGUCUGUCCCCUCCUCUGUCCUUGUCUGUGUGUCUGUGAUUGCAGGGACCAUCCCCACAGGCUGUGGGACCCCAACCCCCAAAGCUUUUAGGGAAAGAUGUCCAUGUUCUGCUCUGAUGGGCAGAGCAAUAUUUAUGAAUGUACAGGGAGUAAACAUUGAGGUACAAUAUAUUUCUACAGAAUAUAAGAAAUGUGCAAUAAAUUGUAACUUACACUGAAUGUAUUUUUGGCAUAAAUGGACCAGAUGUGUUUUGAAUGUAGCUACGACAUUGUGUCUAAGCCUGCUGUGAUUCUCAGUCCCCAAGAAAAACGUGUCGUGUUUUGUCAAUUUACAAACCACUUCCUCAGUUGCCUGUUUUUAAAAGAAGCAUGAGUAUUUUAUCUGGAACACUGCAAUAUUUCUGAACUAAGUAUAGCAGUGCAAUGCUAACUUCAACCCUCGUGUUGUGAAAUAUCUGAUCUGUGUACACUGCAGAGUUAUUUUUAAAACGAUUGCUAAAGUUAUCGCUUGAUAUUGCAGCUGCCUGGAUGUAAAUAAUGCUUUAGCUGUUGUAUUUUGUAUGUGGAUUUGGGGAAGACGUGGCAAUUUUAAUAAAUUCAGCAUACUCUGC